UUCAACAGAUCGUGAUGUUGCUCUUCUCCGUGGAAUGUGCGCCCAGACCAAAUAUUUCUCGCCUUUAGUGUUGAUUUCUGGGGAUGCAGUAUGUCCGACGUUGUUGAGGAUCUUGAUCUGAAGAGGGCAAUUACAGAAAGUUUGCGAACCCAUCAAGAAGAACAACGAUGUCGGCAAUUAGCCGCUAAUAGUUUGAGGUUGUCACGUUCAAAUCCCCCGGAGCAUGGAUCGGGUGUUGUCCUGCGGAGACCUUCAUUAAUGUCGACGAAUGAACGGCAGCAACCUGUGGGUCUUUUAAAUCCGCCGCCAAGUUCAAGUGGUAGGCGCCAGCCAGCUGGCGACCUGAUGAAAUUUGACGAUGACGUCCCGUCCGGAGAUUCCAGUACUCGUUUCUCAGGUGACUGGAAGUCGUUCAUGUCGUUGGAAGAUAUUGAAAAUCUGUCGCUGAAUUACAACGCGAACCAAAAUCGAGCUUCCGGUUCGUCCUACACAUCUUCAGAGGAAUCAAACAGCUUCAGUACAUCGGCUCCAUACACCUCUGCGUCGAAUUCAAGUCCGAAUACAUUCCCUGCUACCUUUGUAUCAAUACAAGCCAGUCCUUCAUGGUUGGAAUCGACGGCUGCAUCACGGUCUUACGACAUUCCUCCUCGCCUGCCUCCUAGACUUCCAGUUAACCAACAACUACUAGUUAAAGCUCCAGCUUUGCUCUGUAAUUCAUCAAUGGAUGUACUGAAAGUUCUGGAGAAGAAGCCCAAUGAGGAUCUGAUUGACUUGGCUCCCCCUUCGUGUUCUUCUCUGGGUCGUGGCAGCGUUUUAGCUGUUUUUGACCCUCUGAAUUCUUCCAAUGAUGAAGAUGAAGACGAUGAUGUUUCUGCUAGCAACGGUAGAACUGAUGCCCUAUGUGAGCCGAAAGAAGACGACUGGACCUAUUUUGAAACUUACGCAGAUCCAUUUCAAUUUAUGUACGAGCAAUCCAGUCGUGGAUCUGAGAGAGAUGAUCUUUACAAUACCCCAGGGUAUUGUUCAGUAGGAACGUCGCAAGCAGAUGAAGGAAAUGUCGUGGAUUUUGCGAAGUCAUCCGCAACAAAUGAUGCGGUGGUCAUAAGAAAUGUAUCUCACGUGGGAAAGUCAGGAAGUCCCUCGAAAGGAAAACUCACGUUCCAGCCUCUUUCGACAUUAACCUGUUUGUCAGAAGUGGAGGUGUUACGAAAUGCUAUCACUCUAUUACGAGGAUCUUAUCCGUCUCACGAUCCCUCGACCAAUCCAGGCUUUACCGUAUCUCCAUUAGUGGAACUAGGAUCCGAUGCUACAACUCUAUCCGUGAAAAUUCUCGUCUAUUCCUUCACUCGCCCAAACCAUCCGGUCGCCUUCACGUCAGACUUGACAGCAAGUGUUGAUCACGUGAUUGCUCAAGCAGUUUGUGAACUCUCGGAUUCCCAAAACCUCUCAGGAAACCUUUCUGAUUAUGUUUUCAAAGUCAGAGAAAGAGGAGAGAUCGUGGAUCGAACCAAGCAUCUUUUUGAGAUCCAAUACGUCCACUCUUGCGUCAAGUUCGACGUCGACGUGAAGUUCGAUCUGAUUCCAAUAACCAUGGUGCGCCGCCCGUUUCUCCGCACCGAAAUCGACGAUGUUCGUGACGUUGAACUUCCUGUCGGUGCACUGGUUCCAUCAGGCUAUGGAGACGGCAUCUCUGCCGCCAAACUCGGAGUCAUCUUUGAUGUAUUCAAUUCAGAAAUGAGCAAAUUGCUAAAGAUCGCAUCGAACGCAGUUUGUGGCUCGGAACUCACGACAAAACCGUGUAUUCAAGCCGCGAAAGCUCUUUGUGCAAUUUUGUUGGAAGUGGAAACGCCAGAAAUCACGAAAGGAAUUAGAUUAUUCACUACAGCUGCAUCGCUCGACAGAUCUUCGACUUAUUCCCCACUGCAACUCGUGAAAUCAGGCGUUGCAGAACUUGAGUCCGCUUUCAGGUCUUUACUCGACAUGUACUUACGCUGUCACCGAGUUGAUUUUUCGUUAGGAAGCAAGGACGAGGAAAGCUGCAAAACCAUAGAUUUGCGAAACCAGAUCGACACGUUGCUGUUGCGAAUUGGAAGUGCUCAUAGAUUAGAUCAAACGUGGUCGAACUACAAGGAUUUUCGGAUCCUCGUUAACCUGUUCCAUGGAACUCGUCGUGUCGGACAACGAAUCAAAACUCCUCCACACUUGGUUGAAUCCUCCUUCUAUGACCGCAUCGUUUUUGAUGAUUGGCUCAACGUGGAAACGACGGUCGUCUGUACCUUACCUCGGGAAUCUCGCUUAGUGUUCACUCUUGUGGCAGUGCAGAAGGGUGACGGCGAUACUUCGAUACAGCAACCUGAACAAAAACCAGAGUACAGGGAACUUGCCUGGGCUGGUCUUCAGAUGUUCGAUGAAAGCGGUAAACUGGCGCAAGGUCGUUACCUGCUCACAAUGUGGCCGAUGGAUGCUGAUCCGUUACUUGGACCAGCUCCUUCGUUUUACGCUGUUCCAGCUGGACUAGGACUAGCUCCUCCUCUGCUGAUAGUUGAGCUUCCAGACCUUGGUGGUGAUGUAUUAUUCCCGCCACCGUUACAACUAGUCGAAUCGGUUAAUCGGCAGUUCGAGUACCUCGACGAAAAUACCCAACAGCUUCUUCUGGACAUAGUCGAAUCCGACGUAUUCGCUCCCAUCGAGCCCGUUGAUCGCGAGAUAUUGUGGGAAAAGCGUCAUUAUCUGCACGCGUACCCCCGAGCUCUUCCUAAAGUUUUGCUCGCUGCCUUGAGCUGGGAGUGGAGCUGUUUGUCGGAUCUGCACGCCAUGGUUCGCGAAUGGGCUCCUCUUCGUCCCGUAGACGCACUUGUAUUACUGUUACCCUGUUUCCCGGACUUGGUUGUGAGACGGAAAGCUGUUGAGUGGCUCGGAGGCAUGGGAUCAGAUGAGCUUAUCGAAUAUCUCCCGCAACUGAUUCAAGCGCUGAAAUACGAAACCUAUUUGAACAGCGACCUGGUAUUGUUUUUAAUGGAACGGUCGCUCACUUCGCCAAAUUUCGCUCACCGCAUGCAUUGGUUGUUGGAUGGAUCCGGGGACGAUACGCUGAGGAAACGCUUCGCGCCAACGUUGAAGAUCAUUUCCCGAGCAUUGACGGGUAUUUGUGGGCAAUCACUAAGAGAUCAUUUUGAAUCGCAGCGGAGUCUAGUGCGGUACUUGAAUGAUUCGGCUGCUCAAGUUCGAGAGGCGAGGGAGAACUUGCGCAAGGCAACACUUGAUCACGAGAUGAAUUCCAUGCACCGUUUUUUGGUCAACAAACCUACUGAUGAUGAAAAUAAAAUUUUGCAUUUUUUGGAUGCUAAUAUUGUACCCGUUCUGUCCGCAGCGUUGCCACUUUCAUUGACUCACAUCGCAUGUGGAAUUGAAGUCCGUCACUGCUCUUAUUUCACCUCGAACACAUUGCCGCUGAAAGUCGCCUUCAUAACCCAAGAUUCCGAAGACACCAAUGGCGUCGUUAAUGCAAUCUACAAAGUUGGAGACGAUUUGAGGCAAGACAUUCUUACAAUGCAAAUGGUACGCAUCAUGGACCGCUUAUGGGUCAAAGAAGGUCUGGAUUUGAAACUUGUUCACUUCGAUUGCGUUGCAACUGGUCAUAAAACCGGGUUCGUGGAAAUGGUUACGGAAGCUGAUACUUUGCGUAAAAUCCAAGCCGAAUUCGGUCUCACCGGAGCGUUCAAAGACCGACCAAUAGCCGAAUGGCUCAAGAAGCAUAAUCCCAGCAAGCUUGAUUAUGAAAGAGGGGUGGAAAAUUUUACCCUGUCUUGUGCGGGUUAUUGCGUGGCUACUUAUUUUCUCGGCGUUUGCGAUCGUCACAACGAUAACAUCAUGCUGAAGACGACCGGCCAUAUGUUCCACAUUGAUUUUGGGAAAUUCUUGGGUGAUGCGGAAAUGUUCGGCAAUCUCUUGAAGCGAGAUCGGAGCCCGUUUGUGCUUACUCCAGAUAUGGUGUACGUGAUCAACGGUGGAGAGAAACCCUCGUAUAAAUUUCAACGAUUUGUUGAUCUCUGCUGCGAUGCAUUCAAUGUCCUGCGAAAUAAUUCCGACCUUUUCCUCAAUCUGUUCGCGCUGAUGACCAAUGCUGGAAUUCCAGAGCCGAGUUUUGUGAGAAUUCACAUGCAUUGGUUUACCAUUAUCAAUUUUAAUAAUUUCCUUGAUUUGAAUUUAUUUUCAUGCGAAGGUGUGACCGGUGCGGCGGUGAAGUACGUUCAGCGAGCUUUACUGCCAGGAAUGACUCGGCCUGAAGCCAUGGCGCAGUUUACGCAAAUGAUUCGGUCCGCGAUGCAUUGUUGGUUCACGCAAGCCAACUUCUUCAUUCACAGCCUGGGGCAAUUGAGAUUUGCGGGCGAAGGAACAGACGAAGAAACCGGUGGGAACGGAGGGCUCUUGUCCUUUGUACCGAAACGUCAUUCAGUGGAUGCUGACGGAGAGGAUCGCAUCGUCAAUGCUUCCGUUUAUGGUAUCCAAAAACGUUAUGGAGGUGGGAAGCAGUACAUGUAUAUUGCUCGUGUGAGACGGGAGAACCAAAAUCAGCCGAGUUACCUGUUCCGUAGCUAUAAGGAAUUUCUCGAACUGCAUCAGAAGCUUUGUACUCGAUUUCCCUUUGUCGAGUUUUCGAGUUUGCCGACCGGAGUUAUCGGUCGUUCCCAUGUCCGUGACGUGGCCGAACGACGCAAAUAUCACAUCGACAAGUUUCUCUACGAAUUAUUCCGCCUGCGCGAAGAAAUAGCUCACUGUGACCUCGUCUACACAUUCUUUCAUCCCUUGUUACGCGAUCAAGAAGAAGCCGACAUUCACGCGUUGAAACUCAGGCAAGACAACGUCACCCAACGGCCUCCGCGUCAAAGAUCACACAUUACCGGCAAGCUCCAGUUGUCGUUCUGUUAUUCGAAAGACGCGUUCCGCGUCAUGGUGCAUCACGCGCGGGACUUGGCAACCAGGAGUGAGACGGAUCCGAGCGUCUAUGUCAAGUUGUACUUGUUGCCGGAUCCGCAGAAGCGAACAAAGCGGAAAACGCGGAUCGUUGCGAAGACUCGUCACCCGACGUUCAUGGAGAUGAUUGAGUAUCGUGUACCGAUAGGAACCGUGGCAACAAGAACGCUUCAAGUAGCGGUUUAUGGAUACGACAAAUUGCAGGAAAACGAGUUCUUGGGCAGAGUGUUGAUCCCGCUGGCAGAUAGAGACUUAACGCAGGAAACUGUAGCCUGGUUUACGCUUCAAGGCUGAUGCUUUCUUUUUAAUCGAUGAAACGUGGAGUUUAGUCAGAAUGAAGAACAAUCGUUCGAGUUUUUAAAUGCGUGAAAAAUGGUCCUCAGUAGAACCCUCAGUAUCUGAGAUUUGAUAGUGUGUGCGUUUGAGCAAUCAUGCCCGAACUAGAGGGAAUCCGAAGUUUCCUGGUGAAUUUUAGCACGAGUCACUUCAUUCUCUUUCAAUAACCAGAAAAUAUUUUAUUUAAUUAGCCGAUUAUCUCUGGUAUUUCUUAAUCUGGGUGUGAACUCAGAUCUCGUUCUCCCGGAUAGAAGGAGUUCUGCGGGUUUUUAAUUUUCAGAAAAAAAUUUAUUUUGCGUGGGAUUCGUCGCACGUAUUUUAUUAUCAACACUUUUUAGUUUCAUGAUUUUCUGCGUGAAGGCGUUCAACUCUCAUCUGUAAAGAAAAGUCAUGAUAUCGAUUCAAUACCAAAGCUUCUCUUCAGAAUAGUGAGGGACUCAGUUUUGGUUUAAUUGGUGUCGUUUGUCUGAGUAGAUCGAGGAAUGGGAAGAAAAGGAUUGUAUUUGAAAAUCACACUGUUGCGAUAACGGCUUAUUUUACAUUAGGUAUAUUCUGUGCGAGGGAGAGCAUUGGCUUCUGUUGAGUGUCCAGGCGAGAAAUCCUUGUUCGACUAGUUUUUUUUAAUUCGAGGAGGAUUCUCCGGCUGGAAUUUUUUUUUAGCGACUUCGAGUAUUCAGGGUGGAAUGAUUUAGCGUGAACGAUCACAUCUGAUGCAUUCCUGUGAGGCGAGGAAAGACUACUACAAUAUAUAUUUGCAUAGAAUUGUGGACUUAGUUGUCGAAUUCUUUGACGCUUAAUAAUCUUUUAAGAGUUUUAACAGUCGUCCCCGUAUUUCAAUGUGGGAUUCGAGUGCUUGAAGUAGAUGGCUUUUUCGACCUGCUUUGAUUUAUAUUCUGUGCAAUUUUGAUCUACGGCUUCUGUCAAUUGUGCUGGCGAGAAAUUCUAGUUCGCUUGGAUUUUUGGGAUUAUACGAUGAACCUUUGGAUUGAACGGACAUUUUGGAGGGUUGGAUAAUUCAGAAAGGAGCGAUUUAAGCAAGAAUAAUUAUGUUUUGCAUUUUCGUGGAAAGUGAGAGAUUUCCUUAAUCUUCGAAAAUCUUUUAUGUGGAAUUUUUUUUUUUGUCAAUCAGAUUCUGAUUUACUCUCUUAUCUGAUGAUCAGUUCUGUGGCAAAACGUGGAAUUUGAGUGUUUGGUGUUUUUUAUUAUUAUUUAUUUAUGGAAGGUAUCGUCACUGUUGAUCAUGGCUUCGCCCGCGUUCAAGUGGCUGAUGAGCUGUGAUUUCGUCCUUCCGAGUGGAUGGUCGGUGGUAGCGAUUUUAUUUUUGUUGGUAUUGUUUAGGUCCUUGAUCUUCGUGCAACGAAGGACGAUUUUUUGAAGUCGAAGAACAUUUUUUAAUGAUCAAGCGCGGUUGGGUUUUACUGGCGUCGUUUUUUCGCGAAAUCCGCAUCCGUCGGAUCAUUGCCGAUAUAUUGUGUCUUUUUUUCGACGCUGUUCGCUUUUUUUUUGGGCUGUACGUGAUGAUAUUUGAAUAUUGAUUAUAUCCUAGUUUUAUUCGUCGUGAAAUAAGGAUUUCCUGUGAUAUUAUAUUUGUAAAGUUGAUGCGAAA